AUGUUAUCAAGAAUUUAUUCAUCGAUUAUUCUUGGUAUUAAUAUAUUGAUUGGCCUUGUUUUACUUUGUUUUAAUGCUGAAUUUUAUCAUAAUCCAUCAUGGAUAAUAACAAUUGAACAAGAACAAAAAUAUUUAUUAAAUUGGAAUAUGGCAUUUGCAUUGAUUAUUAUUUUCUAUAAUCUUAUUUUACUUCUUCUAGUUGAUAGUUUAUUACUUUCAAAACGACCACAUCUCUUUUUUACAUAUGGACUUAUUUGUUCUGUUUGUCUAUUAGCAAUACAUCUAACGAAUACUAUUCUAUUUAUAUUUGUUUCAACUGACCUAAAACCCACAGUUGAUUAUAUUCUUUCACAACCCGAAGAUCUUGCUCUUAUUCAACUUAAAGAAAUUGAACCAAAAUAUCCUCUAUUGGAAUUAUUUUCAAUUACUAACCAACUUGUUAAAUCAAAUUCACUUCAUUCUACUUCAAAUAAACCCAAAACACAGAACUUGCAACGAGUUAUACCUCAGCUAUUCGAGAUUGAGGUUGAUUGUUAUGGAUCAGAUCCAAUAACUCAUAAAAAAAUCAAAGACGAAAAUAUAGAUGAAACAUCCAAUAACAUAGCACAAGUUCAAUCAACAUCUACAACUGUUUCAUCAACAUCAAGCAAUACACAAACAAAAAUGGAUGAUACAACUGAACAACAAUCGGAAUCGUCAAUGAAACGAGAGAAAUAA